AUGUUGAUCUCUCGCGAACGCUUCCUGGCCCUGGCAGCAGCGGCAGCUUUGCAAUUUCCUCUCCUGGUCGCAGCCCAAGACCUCAAGGAGCAAGUCUGGUCGGUUUUCGCAUAUACACUUCACGGGGAUAGUAUCCCGAACGCUCUGCCUCGCCCAAGAGCGUUGACUCCGUACGGAGCAAGUGAAUUGUAUGCCGCCGGGUCCGCAUUUCGAGACCGCUAUGUUGCCAUACAUAGCAACGGGAGUGGCGUGGGAACAAGAAUACCGAGCCUGUCUCCGUACGCACUAGAGGCCGAGGAGAUCUCCGUUCUUUCAAGGACCGAUCAGCCAGCCGUGGCAUCGGCCCAAGCUUUCAUGCAGGGCCUGUAUCCGCCGCUCGGCGAGGUCUACGAUGGGAAAUUCUAUGACCCUUCUUUCGUGCUCGCUAAUGGGUCGCUGUCUCGUGCUCCUUUGAACGGAUAUCAGUAUCCCCAAGUGAUCACGGUGGGCUCAGCAGAUCCUCGAUCGAUCAUUGUGGACGGACUGUUUGAAUGUACUCUGCACGAAGUUGCUGACUUGGAGUACAAAUUCAGCCCUGAGGUACAGGAACUUACGCAAGAGUCGGAGGCAUUCUACGGUCGCUUGUACAGCCAAUCCUUGAGGGGAGUAUAUGAUCUCUCCUCGGCCAAUUAUGCCAACGCCUUCUACGUAUCGGAAUACCUUGAAUAUGAGUUAUUGCACAAUAAAUCAUUGUUGUCCCGUUUGCAACGAGAGGAUAUCGAACGUGCGCGAUGGUAUGCAGACCACUAUAUGUACGCAACGAACGGCAACGUAUCCUCGUCGGAACCCAGCGUAUCCAAUGACAUACGCACAAUUGCAGGGAGAACCCUGGCGUCGCAUCCUUGUUUUUGGGGCUCGGAACCCGCUGUGGCUCUUGCUUCGCUCAUGCAGCUCGCGUCGUCGAGCCAGGAGAACUUCUACUCGCGUCCAGACCUCGGGGCGUCGCUCGUCUUCGAACUGUUUAGCCUCGAAGCUGAAGGAGCCCCAACAUACCCGGACCAGUCUCAGCUCUACGUGAGAUUUCUCCUGCGUAACGGAACAGGCAUUUCCGCCGAAUUUCGGUCCUACCCACUUUUUGGGCACGGCCCAAGUAACGAUGCGAUCCCAUACUCCGAGUUCCACGCACAGAUGGAGAAGUUUUCUCUUGGUUCGACUCGGCAGUGGUGCCUCGAAUGCGGAUCGUCGGCUGUGUUUUGUUCCGGAGUGAUGGGCAAGGCUAAGAAGACAUCUACCUCCGACAACAGGUUAAGUCCGGCUAUUGCUGGCGUGAUUGGAGCUGUGGUUACAGUCGUCGCUCUAGCACUGGCUGCUAUACUCUUUUUCCUAGUGCGUGGGUUCCAUAUGAGACGUAUGAGCAGAUCAAGCGCUGGAGGGUUCAAGGGUAAUAGCAAGAUGGCAAGUGAUGCUGACCUUACCGCCAAAGAUUCUACGCAUGAGGAUGUUAAGCCAGCAGAGAGCCCAGAUAGUGAGACAUUUGGGGCUGGAGGAGCAGUUGUCUGUGGUCAUGAGCGGACUGGAAGCUGGGAGAUGACGUCGACUCUUGCUGGGAAUCGGACGACUGCACCUCCAUUCGAAGACGAACAUGACGAUAUCUGGAAUACUCACAGCGUCCUUAAGCCAGUCCAGGCUCGGGAACAUGUUUGA